AAAAAUUGAACGAAUUAGAAUUAACAUCAAAUGAAUGGAGCGUACUAUCUCUAUUACAUGAUGUAUUGAAACCGUUCUAUCGAGCAACACAAUUAAUUAGUGGAAGUAAAUAUUCAACUAUUGGGCUAGCCUAUUUUGCCAUUCAUUUUAUCAAAUUCUUUAUUGAUGAUACGAUUGAUGAUAGUUAUGAAAAGAAAAAAAUUAAAGAGCUUUUGUCGAAAGCAAUGAAACAAUAUUUAGAUGAUGAUAUUGACCAAAGUCAACUUCUGAAAUUCCACGUAUAUUUUGAUAUUCUUGGAUAUUCAGUACUGAGUGAUAAAGAGAAGACCUCAAUUGAACAUGAUUUGAAAACAAUUGUUAAUAAUGGUUCAUUAUUUGAUAUGUUAUCUCCAUCACCAAGUAAUAUUAAUAAUUCAACGCCAACAUCACUAGAAGGGAUGGUGGAGGUGACAACAACCAUGGCAACAUGCAAAACGGAUAAGAGAAAGCCAUUAUCUGCGUUAAAUUUGUUCUUGGCAUCUGUUGGUCAAACUGUAAAUACCACAGACACUUAUAAACCAAAAGCAAAGGGUCUGACGCUUGUGGAAGAGAUGAAAAAUUAUAAAUCGUUAGUCUCAUUAUUUCAUACCAAAGAUAUAUUCACUUCAUCAUCGUCGUCAGUUGCGUUUUGGAAGUCAUAUGAAGAACAAUUACCUAUUUUAGCUAAAUAUGCGAAAAAAUAUUUAGCUGUACCAAGCACGAGUGUGCCAUCGGAAUCGGCCUUCUCUCUUUCGGCUUAUCUGGCGCGAAAAACACGAGCUCGGCUAAGUGACGACAAUUUGGCAUAUAGUGUUUUUUUAAAAGAUAAAAUUAGUAUGGAUGAUGAACAAUAA